AUGUCUUUUAAAAUUUUACCUAUUCUAAUUAUAUUUUUUUCAUUAUCAAUUACUAUUGAGGCAUCAUUAGGAUAUGCCUCUGUAUCAAUAGGUGAAACAUUUAAAUAUGACUUUGGUCCAGAAGCUAAAUCUAUUCGAAUAAAUCGUAAUGAUGUUGAAGAAAUAUUAUAUGCUGGUAAAGAAGGAAUAUAUCCAAAUGUUAAAUUAUCAAAUGAUGGAAUUCUUACAAUAUCACCUAUUACAAAGAAUGAUUUUGGAAUGUAUUCUGCAAUGUAUAAAUUAGAUAAACAAAUUGAUAAUGCUGUUAUUGGUGUGGCACCACCAGCAAUAAUACUUACGGAAAAUUAA